AUGGAUUUCGAGGAAGCCGAGGAUAUCAAUGGUGUCCGUUUUGCAUGGAACUCGUUUCCUUCCACCAAGGCCGAAGCUAGCAAGAUUGUCGUCCCUACUGGUGUAUUGUACACCCCUAUGAAAUACAGGGAGGAUUUGCCCAUUGCCGCCUAUGAUCCAUGCUACUGUCAAAACUCUCAGUGCCGAAGCAUCUUGAAUCCCUACUGUUCUGUUGAUCCAACAGGCUUUUGGAUAUGUCCAUUGUGUGGCACCAGAAGCCAAUUGCCUCCUCACUACCAAAACAUUACCCAAGAAAACUUGCCUAUCGAGUUGAGUCCUCUUUCAUCCACGAUCGAGUAUAUCACAGCCAAGCCUGUGCAACAACCUCCAAUCUUCUGUUUUGUCGUUGACUUGUGCCAAGAUGAGGACAAUUUGAAAGCAUUGAAGGAAACUUUGGUAAUUUCUUUGUCGUACUUACCACCUAACGCUUUGGUUGGCUUGAUCACAUAUGGUACCAUGGUUCAAGUCUAUGAUUUGGCGGCAGAAAACGUCAACAGAUCAUACAUUUUCAGGGGCGACAAAGAAUACACUGACAAGCAGGUUACAGAAAUGUUAAACAAACCGGUUGUGGUGCAACCAGGUCAAAUGAACGUUCCAAACUCCUUGCACAGAUUCUUCUUGCCUCUCGAAGAGGUGGAAUAUCAGUUGACCACCAUCUUGGAAAACUUGAGUGCUGACCCAUGGCCUGUUGCUCAUGGUGAUAGACCUUUGCGUUGUACGGGUUCGGCUAUCAACGUUGCCACGACUUUACUCGCCAACACCUUUUCUGGUUUUGGUGCCAGAAUCUUUUUGUUCUCGGCUGGUCUGUGCACUUUGAAUCCUGGUAUGAUUGUGAGUAACAAGUUAAGAGAGCCAAUCAGAUCGCACUCCGAUAUCGACAAGGACAAUGCAAAGCACUACAAAAAAGCUGUCAAGUUUUAUGAUGCAGUGGCUGCAAAAGCUGUCAAAAACUCCCACACCGUUGAUCUUUUUGGCGGCUGUUUGGAUCAAGUCGGCUUCUUGGAAAUGAAGUCUUUGUGCAGCAAAACUGGUGGUGUCUUGUUGUUGUCAGAUGCUUUUACCACGUCUAUUUUCAAACAAUCUUUCUUGAAGUUGUUCAGCAAGGAUUCGGAAGACUACUUACUUAUGGGCUUCAAUGCCACUUUGGACAUCAAGUGUUCUAGAGAAUUGAAAGUCAGUGGCUUGAUUGGACAUGCCUCAUCUUUGGGUGUUAAGACUCCAAAUGUUUCGGAGAACGAGGUGGGAGUUGGAGGCAGUUCGCAAUAUAGAAUCUGCUCACUCUCUCCUCAACACACUUAUGCCAUUUUCUUUGAUGUUGCCAACGUGUCUCCUUUGCCUCCAAACGCCCAAUCCUAUAUCCAAUUCAUCACGCACUACCAACAUUCGUCUGGAACUUAUAGAAUGAGAGUGACUACUGUCUCUAACAUCUUGACUGGUGACGAGCAAAUCUUGGCUCAAUCAUUUGACCAGGAAGCUGCAGCUGUCUUGAUGGCUAGAGUCACUCUUUUCAAGUCCGAGCAAGAUGAUGGUGCCGAUGUGUUGAGAUGGAUAGAUCGUAUGUUGAUCAAGUUGUGCCAAAAAUUUGCAGACUAUAGGAAAGAUGUGGAGGAGUCCUUCAGAUUGCAUCCACAAUUUGCCUUGUAUCCUCAAUUCAUUUACUACUUGAGAAGGUCGCAAUUCUUGCAAGUUUUCAAUAACUCCCCUGAUGAAACUGCGUUCUACAGACAUAUCUUAAUGACCGAAGAUACAAACAACUCUUUAAUUAUGAUCCAGCCAACUUUAACAUCGUUCGGUUUGGACCUUGAAGAGCCAGAGGCUGUUUUAUUGGAUUCUGUGUCCAUUAAAGAUGACCGCAUUUUGCUUUUGGACACCUUCUUCCAUAUUUUGAUUUUCCACGGUAGAACCAUUGCUCAAUGGCGCCAAGCAGGAUAUCAGGACCAAGAGGAAUACGCUGAUUUCAAAAGAUUGUUGGAGGAUCCAAAGUUGGAAGCUGGUGAGUUGUUGAUUGACCGUUUCCCAUUACCCAGAUUCAUCGAUACCGAAGAGGGCGGAUCUCAGGCAAGAUUCUUGUACUCCAAGUUGAACCCAAGUACUUCGUACAACUCUCAAGACAUUUCGAAGGGAGCAGUUGUGUUGACUGAUGACGUCUCACUUCAAGUGUUCAUGUCUCAUUUGCAAAAAUUGGUUGUUUCUUCUUCCAACUAG